AUGGUCACGUUGUGCCCGACCGCUUCAACACCGUUCAUCUCAGCAGUAUCGCUGCAGCCGAUGCAAUGCACGCCGAAUGUGGAUGGUGCAUGUCCCGGGAAUUUCUUUUGUUGGUUCUCCACACGCACUGCAACCGUUAAUACAUACUAUUGCUGCCGUUCUCCAGACACGGCCAAUGUUGGGUUUUGCCCUCCAGAGCUUGUGCCUGUGUCUGGUGACGAUGGUGUCCAGUAUCGAUACUGUAGCCCGUUGGCUGCGCUGAACGACACAUCAAGGGAUGUCUGUCCACCGCAGCCGCCCAAUUUGAUUCCUGUGGACGUUGAUGGAAAUUAUCGCCAGUGCUAUCCGCACGCUCGGUCAGGAAACCCGCAUUUUUGUCCUAACGGCUCUGCUUGCCUCUACACCGGCACAGCAAAUGGUUUUAUCUGCUGCAAGGCUGCCGCCCACAAGAAAUUUCAGAGUUUGCGCCGUUUCCCACCGAAGCGCAUCUGGCCAAUGGCUAUUAUCGAUCCAAGUCCGGCUGUUGUUACAAGCAGCAGCAGUAGUAUCACCCGAAAUCAGACAGGAUGCUCCGGCCGACCAGGUUUCAUACCAGUGAUGAGACAAGGUUCACCGAUUCCGUGUGUUGGUAUAAUGAGCAAUAUGAACUGCGGACAGUUUGGCAUUGAAGCGAGUUUAGUGCGUGUAAGUCGUCUCCUUAGAGGCCGUUCAUUUACUUUUUCGCGGAUACCAUUCACAGUUAUGCAGGCGAUAAACGCAGAAAAGGAUCCCUUACCGUAUCCCUCAUUUCGCGCUAAACGGGCACUCUGUGAGCGCUGCAGUGGUGGAAUGUUGGACAUUUGUGAGGCAAUUUUUGACUAA